AUGGAUUACCAGAACCGUGCAGGAUCCAAAUUCGGUGGCGGUGGUGUCGCAUCCCAAUCGGCCACCAAUGCAGACCGUCGCGAGCGUCUUCGCAAGCUCGCCUUGGAGACAAUCGACCUUGACAAGGACCCGUACUUCUUCAAGAAUCAUGUCGGAAGCUUCGAAUGUCGACUGUGUUUGACUGUCCACCAAAACGAUGGAUCCUACCUCGCCCACACCCAGGGCCGCAAGCAUCAGACAAACCUGGCCCGCCGUGCCGCGAGGGAGCAGAAGGAAGGCAAGAACCAGGACCCAUCGACCCUGCCGGGUGCCAUGGGCGUGCAGGUCAAGAAGCAAACCAUCAAGAUCGGUCGUCCGGGAUACAAGAUCACCAAGAUUCGGGACCCAUUAACUCGGCAGUUCGGUCUGCUGUUCCAACUGCAGUACCAGGAGAUUACGCCGGGCGUGCAGCCCCGGGUACGAUUUAUGUCAGCUUUUGAGCAGAAGGUUGAGGAGCCCCCGGACAAGAACUUCCAGUACCUCGUCGUGGCUGCGGAGCCCUACCAGACAUGCGGGUUUAAGCUCCAGGCCCGAGAAAUCGACCGCAGAGAGGGUCGGUAUUGGACUUGGUUCGAUGAGGAUAGCAAGGAGUUCUGGGUUCAGAUCAUGUUCAAGACUGAACGAGAGGAAAGAUUCAGUGGUGUGCCAGGUCUGGCACCAAUGGGACCCCGGUCUUGA